AUGGACUAUACCAGAUUAACAAAAGAUGGCAGCAUUCCGGUUAUAGGCAUCGCUUUCUCUGGAGGAGGCUAUCGCUCACUUUUAACUGGUGCUGGUGCUCUAGCAGCUAUUGACGGCCGCCAGCACGAUACCAGUUGCUUACAGGGAUUGCUCUCCACUAAUCUUGACCUAGACAGAGAAGACGAUGAAGACGACGAAGGUGAAGACAUAAGCAUGGCAUAUGUUCCGAACAAUGACAAGGAACCUCAUAAAGCAGCACAGGAUGAGAUCGCUCCAACGAAAGCAAGAGGGCUGGAAGGAAUACUCCAGGCUGUUUCAUAUGUGUCAGGCCUUUCCGGAGGUAGCUGGCUUAUCGGAUCGUUUCUACUGAAUAACAUGGUCUCUGUCUUCCACCUCGCAGCAUGUUCAUCUCUUUGGGAUUUUCAAAUGAACCUUGCCAUUGGUGAUCACCUAGAUAUGAGACAACUGAUCCUGUCUGACUUCAAUUUCUCCUCAGUGGAUGACCUUUAUCCAAGCAGGAAACGGCCUCAAGGAAUGGCAUAUCAUUACAAAACUGAAACAGUCAGAAGAACAGCUGAGGCCCAGCAAUUCGUUGAGUAUCAUGAGCGCAUUAUGGAGGAGGUAUCAAAAAAGCGACAAGCAGGAUUUGCUAUUUCUCUCACUGAUUACUGGGCCAGAGCGCUAUCUAGAAAACUGUUGGACAUAAGAGGCGAUCCUGGUAUUACUUGGAGCGAUAUUACGACAACCGGUACAUUUAUCAAGCAUGAAGCGCCGUUUCCAAUUGCAAUUGCACUUGUGCAUGAUCCCCGAUUAGCUAUUCAUAGUAGUCAUUCCACUAUCAUUGAGUUUACUCCAUAUGAAUUUGGAAGUUGGGAUCGUAAAGUCGGCGCCUUUUCAGACAUUCAAUAUUUGGGUACUGAUAUGAUAGACUGGGAACCUGUCAACGAUAAAUGCGUUCGUGGAUAUGAUAACGCCAGUUUUAUAAUGGCGACUUCUUCAUCGCUCUUCAAUGACCUAUUAUUACUCGCUAUUCGACAUACAAAUGGAUUGUCUCAAAAGGUCUUGAGCAAGUUCAGAAAAUUACUUGAUGGCAUUCCUGGGCCAUUGUAUAACAGAGAAUACGCUUUGUAUAAGAAUCCCUUUUAUAGCCCUCCAAAGCCAUUGUCCCAUCUAACUCACACAUCUGCAAAUGUAAAUAUCAACGGUGAAAUGAAAGACCAGAAAAAUCAACAAAUAGAAUUGACAGAAAAGUCUAGCGACCGUGCUGCAUUUAAUAGGGAGACUCUUAACAAAUACAGCGAGAGUUUCAAUAACCCGUUCAAAAAUUCAAAGCUGCUCCUUCUGGGAGACGGGGGUCAGGAUGGCCAGAACUUGCCAUUGGACCCGUUGUUAAGGCCAGAAAGAAAGCUCGAUAUCAUUUUCGCGAUUGAUGCCAGUUCGGACGUUCAUAACUAUCCAAAUGGAACAGCACUUCGCCGUCCUGUUGGUAGGUAUCACUCUCAAGAUGAUUAUAUGAGAGUUCCAUAUCCUGAAAUCCCGCCAGAAGAGGUACUGGUGGAGCUUAAUCCCAAUAAUGAACCCAAGUUUUUUGGCUGUAGUUUGGAUAGCUAUCCCACUUGGGAUCCUCAGUCUGAGACUCUACCACCAUUGAUUGUGUAUGUCCCUAAUCGGCAGUAUACAUUUAAUUCCAAUACUUCGACAACUAAAUUGACUUAUUCUCGCCAGGAGUCAUUUGCAAUGGUUGAAAAUGGAUAUUACCUCAUGAGCAAUCCCUUUGCAAAGAAUUGGCCAAAGUGUGUCGGAUGUGCCAUAGUCUCCAGAGGGAUGUAUAGGAACGGUAUUGAGCCUCCUUCAUAUUGUGAAAAAUGCUUCCGAAAAUAUUGCAUAAAUUAA